AUGUGUAUAGAUGAUGAGUGCUAUGAUACAUAUUAUGAUGAUACAGAUCCAUUUCAAGAUGAUAAUAAUAAUAAUUAUACAACAAAUAUUAAUGCGAAUGAUCCAGAACAGUUUGAAUAUAAAGUUAGUUUAUUAAAUGAAGUUCAAGCACGUUUUGAACCAUCAACAUUUUCAUCUUCAUAUAUUCAUACAUCAUCUAUACCUGAUAUAUGUUCAAUUUGUUUUAAAAAUCAAACAAAUUUUGAAUCAUUAGUAUGUAAUCAUGCAUUUUGUCAUGAUUGUUGGUCACAAUAUAUAGAUACAAAAUUUCAAUAUCAAAAUUGUAUAAAUUACGAAUGUAUGAAAUGUGAUAAACGCAUACCACACAAUUUUGUUUUACAACAUUUAUCGUCAGAUAACCGAAAAGAAUUAUAUAAAAAAUUAGUCGUUAAAGCAAUGAUUCAAAAUAAUCCGCAAAUGACAAUAUGUCCUGGAAUAUGUGAUCGAGUAUUUGAAGCAAUAGAUAAACCUAUACCAGGAAAAGUUGAAUGUGAAUUAUGUGGCUUGAAAUUUUGCUUUCAAUGUUCAUUGAGUUAUCAUGCACCGGCUAGUUGUGAUAUAAUGAGAAAUUGGUUUAAAAAAUGUCGAGAUGAUUCGGAAACAGCAAAUUAUAUUUCAGCAAAUACAAAGGAUUGUCCAAAAUGCAAAGUGUGUAUUGAAAAAAAUGGAGGUUGUAAUCAUAUGUCAUGUUUUUCAUGUAAUCAUCAUUUUUGUUGGAUGUGUCUUGGCGAUUGGAAAACUCAUGAAAAUAAUUAUUAUGAAUGUUCAAAAUAUCGUGGACAACCACAAUCACAAUUGGAAACAAUACAAAGUCGUGCUCGUGAAGCACUUAAAAAAUAUUUACAUUAUUUUGAACGAUGGGAUAAUCAUCAACGAAGUUUAAAAUUAGAAGAACAAACAAGAGCAAAAUUAUUAGAAAAAAUUGAACAAAAUAUCAAUGCACAAAAUGGAACUUAUAUUGAUUGGCAAUAUUUAGAAAAAGCAGCGGAUUCAUUAGCAAAAGCACGUUAUACAUUGAUGUAUACAUAUCCUUAUGCAUAUUAUCAAGAAGAUACUGUUGAUAGAACUCUUUUUGAAAAUAUUCAAGCUCAACUUGAAGUUGAAAUUGAAAAUCUUUCAUAUCAAAUAGAACGUUCAACAACACAUAAUCGAGGAGAUAUUGAAAAUCAACGACAUAUUGUUGAACGACGUCGACAAACAUUAUUACUCAAAUAUUUUCCUAAAUCAAACACUUAG